CGAUUUAUCAUACCUUCAUUUUAACUGCCUUUUUCUUUUUCUCUUUUACCGCAACCAAACUAAGAAAUUAACCGCCUCAACAAGGAGUCGUAUAUCAUAAUUGAAGUGCUUUUGGAAAAUUGAGCCAGCUCCAGAUCGCAUGCGCUUUUUGAUCGAAGCCGCAGAGAUCUCUCUGUAAUCCUCUCCAUCGGAGUCCCCGCGGCUCUGAUUGUUGCGCAAUUAUCUUCGAGGAUUCGAUCUUUCUGCUGUGGAAAAAUCGGAAAUUGGACGAGUUGGAGGCGAGGAUUAAACGUUUCAUUUUAAUUCCGCUCUUUUUUAUGGUUCGGUACUGAAUGCUCACUUUGAAUUGGCUUCUUGUAACCCUUCAAUUUUGUAAUUGGUUUCAAUUUCCUACUUUAUAUCAGUUACCUGGUAACUGAAGUUGGAUAAAUGUCAUAUCAAGUGGAAGAAAUGGAUUAUGCGCCUGCUGACUAUGAGAUGGGAGAAGUAGAAGAAGAUAUGUAUUUUGCUGGUCGAAUAAUGGGAGGGGACACAGAAUCUGAGGAUGAGGAUGAACAUGAUAAUUUGGACAAUAAGAUCACUGAUACAUCGGCUGCUGAGGCACGGAGAGGGAAGGAUAUCCAAGGAAUUCCAUGGGAGAGGCUAAGCAUAACUAGGGAGAAGUAUAGACAGACUAGGCUAGAACAGUACAAGAAUUAUGAGAAUGUACUCCACUCCGGUGAGGAAUCAGAAAAGGAAUGCAAAGUAACUAGGAAAGGUGGAGCGUAUUAUGAAUUCUGGCAGAAUACCAGAUCAGUAAAAUCAACCAUUCUUCAUUUUCAGUUGAGGAACCUUGUUUGGUCAACAUCAAAGCAUGAUGUUUACCUCAUGUCGCAUUACUCAAUUAUUCACUGGUCUUCAUUAAGUUCCAAAAAGACUGAAGUUCUUAAUGUCUCUGGGCAUGUGGCUCCGUCAGAGAAACACCCUGGAAGCCUACUAGAAGGAUUUACUCAAACUCAAGUUAGUACUCUGGCUGUCCGUGACAAUUUGUUGAUUGCUGGGGGAUUCCAGGGUGAGCUUAUUUGCAAGUAUCUAGAUAGACCUGGUGUUAGCUUUUGCACAAGGACAACUUAUGAUGAUAAUGCAAUCACCAAUGCAAUUGAGAUCUAUGAUGGUCCGAGUGGUGCUGUUCAUUUCACAGCAUCAAAUAAUGAUUGUGGAGUGCGGGAUUUUGAUUUGGAAAAAUAUCAGCUUGUUAGACAUUUCUCCUAUCCGUUUCCUGUAAAUCACACUUCUCUAAGUCCGGAUAACAAGAUUAUUGCUAUUGUUGGCGACAAUCCUGUUGGGAUGCUCGUUGAUUCACAAACUGGGAAGACCAUUGGGUCUCUUCACGGGCAUUUGGACUUCUCCUUUGCCUCUGCUUGGCAUCCAAAUGGCUACACUUUUGCUACAGGGAACCAGGACAAGACAUGCCGAGUCUGGGAUGCUCGAAACCUAUCUAAAUCAGUUGCUGUACUGAAAGGAAAUCUUGGUGCCAUCCGAUCAAUCCGUUUCACAUCUGAUGGCCAGUUCAUGGCCAUGGCCGAACCAGCUGACUUUGUUCAUGUGUAUGAUGUACAAAAUGGUUUUGAGAAAGAGCAAGAGAUAGACUUUUUUGGUGAGAUAUCUGGAGUUUCUUUCAGCCCUGAUACUGAAUCCCUGUUCAUUGGGGUAUGGGAUCGCACUUACGGUAGCCUUCUUCAAUACAACCGCUGUAGAAACCAUUCAUACCUCGACUCCUUAAUGUGAGAAUCUUGAAUUCCUUUGGCGAUUGUUGAGGAGAAACAAUGGUAGCAUCUCUCUGGCCACCUGGAAGAGGUCUGGUCUGAAGAUGAAUCAGUGUGUGCUGUAUCUUGGACCAACUGUUGUGUCAUCAAAUAACACCAUCCGGUGACGGGGCAGGUUACAUAAGGUGCCUUGAAUGCAUUGUGAUGCUGCCUCAAGUUGAAUCAAGGCUAGGCUUGUCUGAAAAUGUCAUUUGGUGAUGUGUAUAUGAAAUAUUCAAUUUGUACCAUUUAACUUUUUUGUUUUGGAGUAAAAGAAUGCUGACUGUCUGCGAUUA